ACCAGACAGUUAGAGUUUUAAACAAAUGGAUAAUUUUAGCCCUCAGUCUUUCAGUCUCUCUCUCUUACUCUUGGCCUCCUUCCUCUUCUGCAUCUUUCGCCUUCGAAAAUGGAGUACUAGUACAGGUCACUCACCGUCACAGCCAUAUCGGCUACCACCCUCACCAACAGCCUUGCCCAUUAUCGGUCACCUUCAUCUCCUCACAGACGAGCCCCACAUAACCUUCGCCCAACUGGCCCAAAAACUCGGGCCAAUCAUCCACCUCCAACUUGGCCAAGUCCCAACAGUCAUUGUCUCGUCCUCUCGACUCGCUCGUCUGGUCCUCAAAACCCACGACCACGUUUUCGCAACCCGGCCGCAGCUGAUCUCAGCUCAGUACCUGUCCUUUGGUUGUUCCGACGUCUCCUUUUCCCCAAACGGUCCCUACUGGCGCCAAGCACGCAAAAUCUGCGUCACCGAGUUGCUGAGUUCGAAACGGGUCAACUCAUUCCAGCUCGUCAGGGACGAGGAGGUGAACAGGAUGUUGGAUUUGAUCCGGAAUCAGUCCGGGUCGAAGCUGAACUUGAGCAAGGUGUUCUUCAGCUUAGCGAACGAUAUACUAUGCCGCGUGGCGUUCGGGAAGAGGUUCGGAAAUAAUGGUGAUCUGCUUGAUGUAUUAACUGAGACUAAUGUUUUGAUUGCUGGGUUUUGCAUAGGUGAUUUUUUCCCCGAGUGGAAGUGGAUCAACUCGGUGACUGGGAUGAAGAAGAGGUUGGAGAAGAACUUGAAUGAUUUGAAAAAAAUAUGCGAUGUAAUAAUCAAUGAGCGUUUACAAAAUGAUGAAUCGAAAACAACAACAACGGGCAAUAGUGGGGAAGAUUUUUUGGAUGUUCUGCUUCGGAUGCAACAACGAGACGAUUUGGAGGUGCCCAUUACAGAUGACAGUAUCAAAGCUUUGGUUCUGGACAUGUUUGAAGGAGGAACGGAUACAACAUCGGCCAUUCUAGAGUGGACAAUGAUAGAGUUGGUGAGGCACCCAAAAGUGAUGAAAAAAGCACAAGAAGAGGUUCGGAAAGUCGCAUCGGAGACAGGAAAAGUUAAUGAGACCCAUCUUCAACACCUUCAUUACAUGAAAGCUGUGGUGAAGGAGACGAUGAGAUUGCACCCACCAGCACCUCUAUUGGCUCCUCGAGAAUCCAUGGACAAAUGCAUUCUCGAUGGCUUCGAAAUACCUGCGAAAACUCGGGUUGUGAUAAAUGCUUUUGCCAUCAUGGAUCCAAAGUCAUGGGAGGAUCCUCUAGUUUAUAAUCCUGAGAGGUUUAUUGAUGAUCAGGAUAAUAAGAAUGAUAGUGUUGUAGAUAACGAUCAAGAAUUCAAGUUUGUACCAUUUGGAGGAGGAAGAAGAGUUGCAUUUGGAUUUGCAACCAUAGAGAUUGCACUUGCUCGCCUCUUGUACCAUUUCGAUUGCGAAUUGCCUCCAGAAGUACUUGGCCCUCAUGAUGUUGACCUCGAUGAGAUUUUUGGGCUUGCCUCCAGAAAGAAGUCUACUCUUGUCCUUGUCCCGACAACCAAUAAAGAUUUUCCAGUCGUCCACAUUUGAAUCAAAUUGACCGUCGGGAAAUGUUGAUAAAAAACGUCGUUGUUUCUAUUUCAUUAACUAGCUAUUGUUUGUUUUGUUGUUCAAUUCCACGUACGCACCGUUUGA